CAUUCGUUAACAUCAAAAUCAGUUAGACCUCUCUGAAAUCAAAAAUUUGUUACAACCAAAUUUUUCAAUACAUUUUUACAUUCAGCUACAAUAUGUAUUCUGGUGUAUUCUAUCAUUCAUUAUACUCAUUCGUUAACAUCAAAAUCAGUUAGACCUCUCUGAAAUCAAAAAUUUGUUACAACCAAAUUUUUCAAUACAUUUUUACAUUCAGCUACAAUAUGUAUUCUGGUGAUUUAAAGACAUCGCAAGUCCGACGUUUAGCGAAGUCGGUUACUUUUCUUUGCCGCAACGCUUCGGAAUAUUCCUGGAAGAAUUCAGGAUUCGAGGUACGCUCGGGCGUAGCUUCUGCAUGCAGGCUUCCCAAGUGCCCAACACUCCAGAGGAUUCCAACCAAUCGUGACGUCAAUGAGAGGGAGAAACCCUAUUCCACAUUCAAAAUAGAACACGAUCGAACACGAAUCCAGGAAAUGUGGCAAAGGUCCAGAAUAGGGGCCAGAGAGCAGAAAAGCCUCCGCGGCUAUCAGCCCGCCAAUUCUGACGUGAAUACCGAUUCAAAGGAAACCAUCAAUGCCCUGGACAAAGUGAAGCGCAUAGAGGAGCGGCGUAAAAUCCAAAACAAGAUGCGCGCCCUCAUGGAAGAGCAGCACAUGAAGGACGAGCGAAUCCAGGAGGAGAAGGAUCGUGUGAUCAGGAAGGAGGUUCUCGUCGAGCGAGAUCCGGCCAGGAAGCAAACAUUCGCGGAGUACUCUCCUUUCCGCAACCGAGAGAAGGGCAAACCAGAAACCUGGGUUUCAGCCACCGUUUUGGCGGCAACGGGAAAAAUGCAGCAGCAUAGAUACAUGCAGACUCCUCCGAAGAAGAUGAACCCCCUUAAAGUAGAAGUCGUGGUUCAAAAGCCGAGCCAAUCAGUUCGAGAGAAAUCGGCCACCGGCACCACAUCCGGCCAACCCAAUCAUACCCAUACCGACAUGUCCAGUCGUGCGAAAUGGGCCAAGGCCGCCUUGGAGUUGCACAAGAAGCGCGCCAAAGAAAUGGACGAUAUCCUAUCUCUGGGAGGAUACUCCAAUGAAUCUGCCUGCCUGAAAUUGAGUGAACUAUCUUCUAUGCGCAAAGCAAGACGUCACUAGGCAAUGAGACAUCUACACAUUCCGUUUUGAAAAUAUCCCGGAGCUUGAACGAAUCGAUCCUGACUUAUAGCUUUGAACCUCAUUACAUUACUCUCUUUUAAGUGUGACUUUUCGGAGGCAACGCAUAUUCCUACAUCAUGUUGACAUUCCGUUUUGAAAAUAUCCCGGAAUGGGAGCAAACCCCUAUAGAUCCAGACUCAAUCCUGACUUGUAGCAUUGAACCUCAUUACAGGACUCUCUUUUAAGUGUGACUCUUCGGAGGCAUAGCGAAAGAAAAAAAAAAACCCGGAAUGGGAGCAAAUCACACCAGAUCCAGACUCGAUCCUGACUUGUUGGACCCCAUUACAGGACUCUCUUUUAAUUGUGACUUUUCGGAAAAGCGAACUAAAUCUUAUAAAUAUUAUUUAUACCAUUUCUAGAAGAUAUAUUUUUGGAUAAAUCUAAUAAAAAAAAAACACACACUUUUUAAAG